AUGUCAUCUUCAAGCUUCUAUAGUUUAGCACCUAAGGAUAACAAGGGCGAACCAUUCCCAUUCAAGCAGUUAGAAGGUAAGGUUGUUCUUAUCGUGAACGUCGCAUCCAAAUGUGGAUUCACUCCUCAAUACGAUGAGUUGGAGAAGCUGUUUAGCAAAUACAACAAGCAAAAUUUCAUAAUUUUGGGCUUCCCAUGCAAUCAGUUUGGUAAUCAGGAACCAGGCUCCGAUGAAGAAAUCGCUCAGUUCUGUAAGACUAAGUAUGGUGUUUCUUUCCCCAUCCUGAAGAAGAUCGAUGUCAAUGGUAACAAUGUGGACCCUGUGUAUGACUUCUUGAAGAACGAAAAGUCCGGUAUGUUGGGUUUGAACCGUAUCAAGUGGAACUUUGAAAAGUUCUUAAUCGAUAAGCACGGUAAAGUCGUUGAAAGAUAUUCUUCCUUGACGAAACCACACACUUUGGAGCCUGAAAUUGAGAGGCUCAUCAAGGAAUAG